CGGGGCCGCGCGGGGCGGCGCGCAGCGCAGCGGGACCUCAGCGCGGCGGCCCCGGCCCGGCCCAGCCCGGCCCGGCCCGGCCCGCCAGAGCCAAGACAGCCAAGAUUUUCAACUGUAUUGGACUUGUGUGUUAGCAGAAUGGUUUAUUUUGUUCCAUUAUUGGAGAUUCCUUGUUGCUGGUGAUGGGUGAGCCUGAAAAAACGCAGCUUGACUUGCACAUCCCAGGGUGUUCUUUAGCCCACUCUCCUGAAGACAAGAGGUUCUGGCUGAUCAGGACUACCUAUUAGUGAUUUAAGUUGGCUGGAGAAUGGAAGGUGUUGAGUUUAAGGAAGAAUGGCAAGAUGAAGAUUUUCCAAGGCCCCUGCCAGAGGAUGAUCCUGUUGACUCAGAUGUGUUGGCUGCAGCUGGAACAGAAUGUGAAGCUGCUUUGGCAUUUCCAGUGCUGGAUCAGGCUGUUUAUUUUGUUUCCUGCUUUCAACUGCUGUCUAAAUCAAAGGUUAAUGGAAUCAAAGUGAGGAAGAAACUAGUGGCACCAGAUAUCAGUUUAACUUUAGAUCGCAGUGAGGAAUCUGUUUUGUCUGACUUGGAUGAGAGUGGAGAGAUUGAUUUGGAUGACUUAGAUACUCCUUCAGAGAAUAGCAAUGAGUUUGAAUGGGAAGAUGAUCUUCCAAAACCAAAAACUACUGAUGUAAUUAGAAAAGGAUCACUUACUGAAUACACAGCAGCGGAGGAGAAAGAUGAUGGUCGACGCUGGCGUAUGUUUAGGAUUGGAGAACAGGACCAUAGGGUGGACAUGAAGGCAAUUGAACCAUACAAAAAAGUUAUCAGUCAUGGUGGUUAUUAUGGUGAUGGGUUAAAUGCCAUUGUUGUGUUUGCUGUUUGCUUUAUGCCUGAGAGCAGUCAGCCUAACUACAGAUACCUAAUGGACAAUCUAUUUAAGUAUGUAAUUGGCACUUUAGAGCUACUAGUAGCGGAGAACUAUAUGAUAGUUUAUCUGAACGGUGCAACUACACGGAGAAAAAUGCCAAGCUUAGGCUGGCUUAGGAAAUGUUACCAGCAAAUUGACAGGAGGUUAAGGAAGAAUCUAAAAUCAUUAAUCAUAGUUCAUCCUUCUUGGUUCAUCAGAACGCUUCUGGCUAUCACAAAACCCUUCAUUAGCUCAAAAUUCAGCCAAAAAAUUAGGUAUGUCUUUACCCUGGCAGAGCUAGCUGAACUCAUCCCUAUGGAAUACGUUGGCAUCCCAGAAUGCAUAAAACAGUAUGAAGAAGAAAAGUUUAGAAAGAAACAAAAAAGCAGAGUUGAUCAAGAGUUGAAUGGAAAGCAAGAGCAGAAAAGUGAACAAUAAGUUUUGGAGUCCAAACAAGACUGAAGAAUACACAGAUGGAACGAUGCUUUUUUUCUUCAUUUGCGAUGUGUGUGUAUAUACGAUGUAACUUGUUGCAAGAGGUGCUUAACUUCUUUGAACUAGCACACAAUGGACUGUUCACUGCUGUAUUGUUUUGUCUUGACUUUAGUAGUUACCUUUAUGUAAUCCUUUUAUACUGCCAAAUGUCAAAGAACCUUGUGUUUAGAGGAUAUUCUUGCAAUUGUUUACCUAAAUGAUGCAUGUUCUUCAGUAAAAUAUUUAUGUAUCUAAAUGCUAAAGGAAAGAUAAUAUAUAUUUUUAUGACUUUGAGCAAUAUAUUGUGUACCUGCUGAAGGAAUUCAUUUGCAGGUAGGCAAGGCCAUAAAUUACAGUUUUAUUGUAUAAAGUGCAUGAUCUGUUGCUGUAAAUGGUCAAGUGCAUUUCUUGGUUGUCAUAGAAACCUUAAUUUGUUUGAAUAUUAACAGUCACAAUGUAGUCUCUCGUGUGGAGAUCCUUAUUUCUGUUCACAUCUCAUACAAGCAGUACCCAUUUAACUCGUUAGAGUGAGCUUGAGCUUUGUCUUAAUCUACUUCUCAAAAUACACGUCUGGAGUUCUCUGAAUUUGUUGGACAAAGGGUUUAAGCCUCUGCCACAAUGGAAACUGAACUGUUUGAAUAACUAAUAGGAUGCCGGACCUACUACUCAGACCUUUGUAAAUUUAAGUUGCGAGUUUAGAUUGCUUCAGUAAAUCAAGGACAGUUCAACUGCUGUGAUGAAAUGAGUUCAUUCUAGUUCAUCCUUCUUCCUGGAUGAAUAUCAGCUAUCACCAAUAGAAACUCUAGUUAUUUUCAGUGGAACUUGGGCAUUGCUUAGAUAUCUUACAUAUCUUAGCUAUAAUAUCAGUUGUUUGCAGAGGUAGGGGGAGUCUUAGAAUAACUGUCAUCCUUACAGAUGAAGUACCCCUUUCUAAAGCUCUUGGUUUGGCACCAGAUACAGCACUAACUUCAGAUAUUAGCACUAACUUCACUUACAAAGAAGGCAAUAAAAAGGGUUACUGCUCCACCCAUGCCCCACAAUGGUAUUAAAAUCCUCUGUAAGAGGUAUUGGAUCCAUAACUGAAGUUUAUAGGCUUAUCAGGGUAGCAAUUAUGCACUGGUUGGUAGGCUGUAGAAGUUUGUCAUGUAUCUGGUAGCUGUUUCCCUAGAAGGGUGGAUACAUGCAAAUUAAUCCAUUCAGGAGCUGAGCAACUUAAUACUAUAGCAAAUAUUAAAUCUUUCUGCACUUCGGUUUUUAGUAUGCUCAUAAUUUUGUCUUAACAGCAAAAAUAUCUGUUCUUAAUGUUAGUGUUAUACAGUUUUCUUAGGAAUAAAAAAGCGUUCAACUAGAUUACUACCUGUCACUGAUUGUAUCAGUCAAGAGCUAAUUCCAUGAUCAAGAUUUAUUACUAAUGACCACUUAAUGUAGUAUCUUUAAUGAUACACAUAAUAAACUGAGAGGAGAUCCAUGUCAGAUGAGGACAAAUUGCCUGUGUCUCUGAGAGUUUGCAUGCAAUUCAGAGACUUUCGUCUCAAGAUCUAGGUACUUUUGUUAUGCUAGCUUCUGUGUGAUGAUUUCAAAGAGAUUAAUAUAUAGGAUAUUCUUAUUCAAUAGGCGAUGUUAAUUUCAAGUUGCCUUACAUCUGCUUUCAAAGGAUCAAAAUAGAACAUUUGAACAAUUUCUUUAGGGCUGUCUUAUCUCCUGUUUCAAUUUUGAUAUCGACCUAGUUUAAAGUUAGUAAAUUGGAUGCUUCCAUAACCUGUUAAUUUUAAUACUAAUACUUCUACAAUGCAGUCCAAACCUGGAAAUCUUCCUGAUUUUUGCAGAUUCAGUGUGGGUUCUAAGGUAUAUGUUAAGCAUUCCAGUAAUCUUGUUUCAAAUUCUUCCUAGUUCUAAAAAAGUAUCCUUCUCAGUAAAAUCACAUUCUUAGUGGGAGGAUUGCCCUUCUGUGUGUCCUUUUCCUCCUUAUGUAUAUAGUGCAGUAUAAAGUGCUCUGUAUAGGCUGUAAUCUCAAAUUAUGGGAUUAUUAGCUUUGUUUUUCAUGGUAGCUGGCUGGUUCAAUGGUUUCAUGUUGCAGUAGUUUUAUUUCUUUUGGAAAUGUAUGUAUGCUCACCUAAUAGUUUCUUUAGUAUAAGUUUUUGUAAAUGAAUAUACAACACAAUAGUUAACACAAUAGUUCUGUCCCUGAAAGAUACACAGCAUGAGAAAUUUGUGUACUAAAGAGCGAUGCCCCUCUGACCUUUUCCAGCUCAUCAUUUAAUGGUGAGGGGGAUGUUUACAAAAAGCAGAGGUCCCGAAGUUAUCUUGAACACAAAUUAACUUCUUGUAAAACUUAAGUUAUUCUAUAUACUUCAGAAACUAUAAUAUAUUUUAAUAUUUAAAAACAUUAAAGAGUCAGAAUGUCAUACUAAUAAAGUUACUUCAGAACCUGAAUCACUUUGUGGUAAGUUACAGUAUUAUAGGGAGUUCACCUUUGGCACUUCUUCCUAGAGGUAAAACUUGUGUUGCUAGAAUACAGUUUGAGCUCUGUCAAGAUAAGUUUGAGUCACUAAUUCACCUUCAAUUUGGAGAUUGUAAUGAGUUUGUGUGUGAGAAUAUAUAUAUAUUUAUGUGCUAAUAAGUAAUUUUUGGUAUUAUGGGGUGACACAAAUGGAGUUGUUUGGCAUAGCAGCCUCUGUAUGUGCAGAUGUGAGGUUCUGUAAACUGAGUUAUGCAACAGGAGAAACGUUCAGAAGUGGUAAAAGUAUUUUGGAGAAAGUAAUUAAAAAUGGUGUGAAUAGA